UUUGUAGAAAUAGUGAAUUUCUAUGUGAAUAAGCUGCUGACGUAUUUUGUAAACAAUGGAUAAAAACACUACUGAAGAUAAACCUCCACUUGAAUCCAUUUUCAUUCCGGCAUAUCCAAUCAUUAAGGCGCCGUUCUUACCAACUAAACAACAAAUCUUUGUAGAAAGUUUACCUGUAAUAUGUGAGCCGGACAUUGUGAUUAAGACAGAAGAUGAUGAUUGUGAAGUUAAAGCUACAAAAUGUGAGAACGGAGCUGCUGAAGCAUCAUCCACACCACCACCAACAACGACUGCAUCAUCAUUUAUGGACUUCGAUGAUACAAGUAGUAGCAGCAGCAGCGAUGACUUCGACGCAGUUGAUAAUAAUUACUUCGAUGGCGAGAGAUAUAAAAGUAAAACCAAAACCUCAGAAAAGGGAAGCAUUAGUCCAAAUAAAUCUGUAAAGAAGGCGGAUGGAACGGAAUAUGUAGUAACCUGUAAAAUAUGCACAAUGGGAUUUCAACGUAUGAGCAAUUAUAAAACACAUAUGAAAAAAAAGCAUAAAAUUGAGUUAGAUGAAGGCACAAAGAGAAAAAAGAAUAAGCGUUUGUCGACCGCGGAAAGACGUAUGCUGGAACCUAAGAUUACAUGUAACAUCUGUUCAAUGGGUUUUCAACGUAGUAGCAAUUAUACCAGUCACAUGAGGAAAAUACAUAAAAUUGUUGGUGAUGCAACGCCGUUUAGUUGUCCAAAUUGUCCACGUAAAUAUGAAUUUGAAUACGAGUUGAAGCGACAUAUGAAAAAAUACAUACCUUUGGAUGAAAGGCUCAUUUUUCCGUGUCCCCAAUGUGAUCGGAAAUUCCAAACAAAAGUUCAUGUCACAAGACACAUUCAAUUUGUUCACGACAAUUCGCGUCCAUUCAUUUGCGAAGAAUGUGGCGAAGCUGUGCACACUCGGACCAUUUUACGCGAACAUAUGCUCACACAUACUGACUAUUCACCAUUUGAAUGCAAAGUAUGCGGAAAGAGCUUUAAACGGAAGCAACGACUAAAGAGACAUAUGGAAAUUCAUGGAGAAAAGCAUAUUUGUACCGUAUGUGGCAAGGAGUUAAGUUCUCGAUGUACACUUAAUAAGCAUUUAUUGGUGCACACGGAGGAUAAGGCUCACAAAUGUGAAUAUUGUGGGCGAGCCUUCAAGCUUAUUAAAACUUUAAAAGUGCAUUUAAAUAUACACACCGGUGAAAAGAGAUACGAAUGUAAUUUCUGCGACAAAGUGUUCUCGGCUCCAUCAACUCGUCGUCAACACAAAAAGAAAAAGCAUCCUGAGAAGCUACUUGAACUAGAGAUGUUAAAAACAGGCAAACAUAUUAAAAGCGAUGCGGGUAGUGAGGAUAACUCAUUAACGGACAAUGCAAAUGAAAAUGCAAGUACUGAGGCAAUGGAUUUUUCAUCAAGUAUGAAUCAACCAACCACCAGCUCGGCUACGUAUUUUAAAAAUCCCGCAACCAUGAGAGAUUAUCCUUUGCCAGACUUCAGAAUGUUGGAUUUUGUUGGUAGAAUGAUGUUGGAGUAACACAAAUUUAUCGACUAUUUAAAUCGAUAACAUUGACACAAUUGUCGAAGAAGCUUUAAUGUUCAGUAAAUGUCAAGCUAUCCGAAAGCCAUCGAAGAUCGCUGACAUAAUUUCAUUGUAACAUAAUUGCAUAUGUGCAUGUAAAAUUUUGUUUUUAAUUUAUAUUUAAAUAAACUAGACUCAAUUUUAGAAAUGAGUUUUAUGUUAA